AUGGGAGCGUCGACUCCGCGGACACUCGCGAGGGGGGAGAAGCCUCAGAAGCGCGCGUUCAAGCACCGGCUGGGCCUGAAGGAAAAGCGAAAGGAGAGAGGGCGAGAAGAGGCGGCGGGUCAGCCUUUCUCGAAGCUGAAACUCGCCAAGACAAGUAUCAAGGCGAAGAAAUCCAAAGACGAAAAGAAGGGAGACAAACACACUGCGCGGACAGGCACGGAGGCUGGAACCGACGAAGCGCUUUUGGAGUCGGACCUCGAGGAACCAGAAAGCCCCUUAGGCGUCGACGGGUUCGAAGAGGAAGAUGACUUUGACGAAGAAAAGUUUGGGAACGAAGGCGAUCGAGAUGAAGAGGAUGAAGAGAACUACGACGGCGCCGAGUGGUUAGCUGACGACGAAGAGGCCUGGGCAUCGUCGGACGAGGAGACGGAGGUCCAGGCGGUUCGCGCCUCCGGCGAGGGCCUGGGUGUCUUUGCUGACAGCCCCGCGGCGCAGAAGGCGUUUGAAGGCGUUUUGAAGAAGCGGCUAAUGAAGGACAAGGAGUUCCUGUCCUUCCUGUUGCAGGAGAGCGAGAAGCAGCAGGCGCGUUUGUCGCCAGCGCCAAGUGAAGACGAAGCGUCCGAAGAUGACGAGUUCGAUGAGGACGCGUUCGACGGGGACGAGGCGCCUCAGCAGGCCGCACGCACUCUGGAGACCGACCCACAAGACGAGGAGGUUCCAAAGAACCUGCUCACCGUCGAGCGGUACGAGCAUUUGUGCCAUCUGGUGUGUUUGGGCACGUCUUCGGAAAUGCCGGGAGACACCCUCGCUUCGCCGUCGCUCCGAAGUCUCCAGCUGUUCCUCAGCGCGUUCCGAUCGGCUGUGAGGCAGACGGGCACGCGGCGCGAAGACGCGACGAGCGAUCGCGCGGGCGAGCGAACGAAGGACGACGCCAAGUACCGAGACAGCAAGAAGCAGGGUUCCGAGGAGGAGGCGAAAAAGCGGGGGGCCGCGUCGGCUCCUGCGUCGCGAGAGAAAAGCCGGGCGGAGAGAAAGAGCAUGUUUCUCAUCCGCGAUGAGGACUUGCGCCUCACGGUCCUGCUCCGCACAGUCCAGCGACUUCCGCGGAUCGUCAGGAACUUCCUCGGAGACACGCGCGACACGUCGGACGCCACGAGCGCCGCGAACGACGACAUCGCAGCCCUCGUGGAGUCGCCGAGUUGGUCGCGGCUGAGGCUGCCUCUGCGCUGGUUUUUCGCGGACCUUUGCGAGCUUCUGGGGGCGCUCCAGAACCUGCCAGCGCGUGCCGCCAAGGGGAAAGACGUGCUCGUUCAAAUUCUCCUCUGUCUCGCGAAGAAGAAGGAAGACCCGCUUCCCUUCCUCCUCCACCUCUCAGGCUCCUCGAUCCCGCGUCGCCUCCUCCUCACCGUCGCCAGCUGCUGGGCGUUCACCCGGAACGGGAACGAGCAGCUUGCAGCCUUCGCCGCUCUUCGCCGCCUCCUGCUGCUUCGCCAGCGCGAGCUCGACGCGGCGCUCCAGGGCGCGUCGCGGCGAGGCCAGAGCGGGGCGGCCAAGAACGGCAAAAAAAAAGGCACAGAGGGCGACGGUGUCGGCCGCGACUCCAGCGCGCCGGCUCUGAAGGACGAGGAGCGGGUCCAGGACACACUUCAGACGCUGCUGCGCGUGUUUCAACGAGCGACGUCGCGGAACGUCGGAAACAACGGGAGUCGAACGUGGCGAGGCGCGAACCGGAUUCAACUGCUCCGGAACGAGUACCUCGAACUCCUCCGACUCGUCGAACCGCGCGUGGUCUACCGCAUCGCCUACCAGAGCAUUCGCGAGUUGGCGUUGACUGUGAGGAGUGUCAUGGUGAUCUCGAGUCAAGCGACGCCAUCAAAGGGGAAGAAGACGAAGACGGCGUUUCUGCAUGCGCGGCGCUUGGCGACGUCUCAGAAGCUGUUGUAUUCCUGGGCGUUUCUCUCCACAGCCAGUCUGUGGAGCGCAGCGUUCGCCUCCUGCGUGUCUCUGCGUCCCCUCGCCUUUCCGCUCGUGACUCUGCUGUGCGCUGCGUUGAAGACAAAGCUCGCCGCCCUCGCCUACACGCCGUUCUGUCUCAACCUCCUGAGCAUUCUGCAUCAGACGGCGUUGUCCACGAACCUGCUGAUUCCCCUCAACGCGUACGUCUUUGCCCUCUUCGAGCUAAUUCUCAGGCAACAGAGCCUCUUGUCGAGCGACCGGUACACGAGCAAGCGCCUGCGGCUGGAGAUGCAGGAGCGGAAGAACAAGAAGAAGGGGAAGAAGCUACAGAAGAAAGACAAAGAGAAGGACAACCUCCAUCUCCUCCACAGUCGCGCAGCGGACCCCGAAGUCAGCCUGAGACUCUCGGCGGCUCAACAGGAUGCCAUGCACGUGAUGGAUGGCCUCGUCGAGAGCUUUCAGCGGUUGCUAACGGAACACCUCGGUUAUCUCGUUCUUCAUCCGGCCUUCCCGGAGAUUUCGCUUCCCAUCAAAAGGAGCCUGCGCAGAACUAUAAAAUUGUGCAAAAGCCAAGCAGUUGUCCGUUCGCUGAAAGCCCUCGUCGCAGCGAUCGAUAGCUCGGCGACUGCAGUCCAGUCUCUGCGAUGCGAGCUGAAAGACCUCCCCGUAGGCGGCGUGGAAGUCUUCACCGAGAAGAAACAAAAAGUCGCUCUUCCUCUCUUCGUUUUAAGGCAACAAGCGGUGGAGGAGCGCCGAAAGUUCAUCGAAGAGAAGGUGAAAGGAGAGAUAUCUGCUGCCGCGGAAAGAAAGCAAGCGGAAAGCGAUGCGUUGAAGACGCCUCGACAGCUGAAACGGGAGCGCCAGAGGCAGAAAAAAGAAGACGAACGCCGGGAGAUGGAGGAGCUGUCAAAGUCGAUGUCAAAAGACAAGAAAAAACGCGUUCGGGAACAGGAGUCUGUCUCGAGUGAAAGCGGGGACAAUCGGCUCGCUGCGAAAAGCGCAAAGAGAGAGAACACUCUGAGCCGCGUGCUCAAGGACGACACCGUCGGGCACGACGACAUUCUAGAUGAAAUUGGAAGCGAUCUGGACGACCUGUGA